GGUGUUUCGGGUCCAGUGUAAACAGUUUACAGUCUGCUCUUAGUUGCAGCGAAUACCAAUAAAUUGAAUGGGCAGAACAUCUUUGUCUUUUAUCUAAUUGUAUGUUUUAGUUUAGGCAAAAGAUUAUCGUAAGAAGUGAUUCUUAUAAUUGUUUUUCAUUAGUUUCAUCGUUUACGUCUGAAAUAUAAUCAGCCAUGAGUCUAUCAAUAAAACAAGCAAAGACACCAGUUUCUUUAUUACAAGAAAUGAUGAUUAAGCAAGGUUCUGUACCAAAUUGGCAACUUAUCCAUGACGGUGGCGGUGGUCAUGAAAAUACAUUUGUGGUUGGAGUCACAUGUGACGGAUUAAAAGCUCAAGGAACAGGCAGAAGUAAAAAGGAUGCCAAACAUAAUGCUGCAAAAGCUUUGUUACAAAAAAUAGCUGAACGUAAUAACUUGCCACAGUUGCCUCCAAGUGUUACUGAAUCACCCGUUCGCACUCCACAACCAAUUGAGUUACCGGCUUCCACACAAUUACCACCAGACAUGCCUUUUCACAAUGCAAUUGGCAAUUUGAAGGACCUGUGUACUAUCAAUCAUUUAAAAGAUCUCAAAUUUGAAACUAUUGAUGAAGUUGGACCACCUCAUGCCCGGAUAUUUACUGUUCAAUGUACAGUAUCUACUUUCCGUGAAGUUGGAAUUGCCACAUCAAAAAAAGAAGCCAAACAUAGAGCUGCAAAAGAAAUGUUGGCCAAAAUUCAAGACCUUGUAGCGGAUAGCUGUUUUAUUAAUGAUAAAGAAUUAACUGAACAAGAAAAAGAAAAGUUGGAAGAAAGUCUUGCAAAAGCAUUAGAAAAAUAUCCUAAAUUAACUGUUUUGAAUAAAGAAAACAUUCAAAUGUCUCCAAUAAAUUGGGGUUUAAAGUUUAUCAACUUUUAUAAAGCAUAUACUGAUAUAUUUGAAGAAAGGCAAGGUGAAGUUUUGACAACAUUAAAAGUAUUAAGAGAUAUGUUGUGCCAAAGUCAACUUGAUAGUGACGUAGAAAGUCUUAUAGACAAUCUUACAGAACUAUUCAAGUCUUUCGAUUUUACUUUUGAGUCGUUUGAAAUUCCAUCAAAUGACCCAUCUGAACAAAUCAGUUGUAUGCGAUUGUAUUGUCAUCCACCUGUUUAUGAAAUUGGUAUAGGUAAUACCAAAAUAGAAUCCCAAAUAAGGUGCAUCGAAAAUUUUCUCGAUACUUUAAUUGAAUUCAUGGAAUAGUUUUUAAAGGUCAUGAUGUAAAAUUAUAUAAAUUUUACAUAUAAAUUGAUUUCAUUUUUUAGUCAUCCUCCAAAGGAAGUGAUGUAAGGAAAAUUAGUAUAAUAAUAAUUGUAUUAAUAAUGGUGAUAAUAUGUUAUAUAUAUUUUUAAACUAAUAAAUAAGUAUUUGUACUUAAGAGUAAACUGCAUUGCAUUUUUGUUUUACAAGAACUAAACAUUUUUAUUUGAUGUCGCACAACAGAGCCA